AGUGCUUUCAGUUAUUUGGUCAGUUCUGUCCGACAACGUUGGGUAUGUUGUGUUCGGUGGAAAAGCCAAUUAAUAAACAAUAAAUUGAAUGGACGUGAACGACAUGUGAGUGUGACAGGGCGGGAUUGUUGCGGCCGCAGACGACGAACACUUAUGCUCAGAAAACGGGCAGAUAGUGAAAUAAUGACUAUCCAAAACCUGGAGAGUGUCGGCAGCAAACGAGGCGCAACUAUGCAAAAUCUCAACAGUGACAAUGUGACCAACGAACAGCCAUUGACUAGCAAAAACGGGCACAUCAGUUUUAGUGUAGCUUCUCUGUUAGCGGACACGCGGCACUCCAAGUCGUCGUCGCCCAUUUCGCAGAGUUCCUCCACUCUAGCGCCCUCCAGUCCGAAUCCCUCGUUCGAUGAGGAGUUCGACUCGAACCAAGGCGACGAUUCGAUUGUGGACGUCGAAGACCUGCACCAAGACCAAAAAUGCGCCGCACUCAAAGAGGAGGAUGCGGCGCCGGACGCUGAAGCACCUCCAAGAGAGUUUGCAAAAGAGGCGAUUUUGAAUCAUGCUCCAAUUCGGCCGACUCCUUUUAGUGCGAUGGCGGCCGUUUUGGCGGCCCAGCAGAAUUGGUCGCAUCAGAACAUGAUGAACCAUUUUGGAGGCCCACCGCCGGUCUUUCAGGGAUCAGGACCGUUUGGGCUUGGGGGAAUGAAUCCCGUCGAUUCGAAUGGAGAAGCCCCGAAGCUGAAAUGCAACCUGCGGAAACACAAACCCAACAGGAAACCGCGCACACCAUUUACCACUCAACAACUUCUGGCGCUGGAGAAGAAAUUUCGGGAUAAGCAAUACUUGAGUAUUGCUGAAAGAGCCGAGUUUUCCAGCUCUUUGCGUCUAACGGAAACACAGGUGAAAAUCUGGUUUCAAAAUCGGCGCGCCAAAGCGAAGCGACUGCAAGAAGCCGAACUUGAAAAGCUGAAAAUGGCAUCGCUGUCUCGACACCCCCAUCCCCUGUACCCUCAUCCGGCCCUGCAGGGCUAUUUUGCAGCAGGAGCGCACCCUUUGGCCUCGUUGCUAGGAGGGCGACCGCCCAUGCCGCCCCUUGGGCUCUUGGCUCAGCCGCCCCCGCCGCCUGCGCCUCAUUUGCCGUCACAACUUGGCACAGUGCGAACACCCAGUCCUCACAUGUCCCUCUAAAAAGUGCCUCCCGUGUGUUUGAGGUACAUUUUUCAGGGCAGGUUAAGAGUCGCUGCUAACACACAUGUACACUAUGGAAGGACGAGGUUUUAUUUUUUCCGUGUCGGCUUAAUAGUCGGCUUGUCGCUUCGGAGCGACAGUGAAUUAAAUUGGCAAAAAGACGUACAUUCAAAGCGAACAGUCAAACAGAAAUAAUUACAUGACACAUGUGCUUAACUUAAUUUUAAACAAGCUUUUAACCCCGCUAAGAGCAAUCUAAUAAAUCUUUGGCGCGCAGAAAAUAAACGCAGGAAAACACCGGCUAACUUUACAGCCAAUUAAAAAAGCCUUAAAUUAUAAUUACCGAACAUCACGUGGCAGUUUAUAGAGAAAUGAAGUACUUGCUUUGCGAAAUUAAUGAGCAUAAAGAUCUAUAAAGUAUUUUUAAUGGUCUAGUAAAUGAAGCCUCUAUCUUUAGUUACAGGUGCAGAUUGUCCAUUCUUCACACCUCGCCACUUUUGCUUGCUUCAUCUCUUUCCCAAUUUUUCGGGUUCUUCCGCCGUCUGAUUCAAUCAUGCAAUUGCAGCCCAAUUGGGCUGGAAUUUCAACAAAUACUGGAAAAUCGGGGACGAUUAAGAGAUGCGUCGUUCGUGAUCUUUGCUCACAACGUGCGAAAAUAAUGCACCUUUUUUACAUAAUGUCCUUUGCGGACAACCGGCUGAAUAAUUAACACAAUUGAUAGCGGCGGCGCUUUCAAUCGACACUCUUUUACCAUCCAGCAUUUCUUCGAUAUCCCCUAAUUAAUUUAAGAAAAAUAGCACGACUGAUAGGCGAUGACCUCCGGCCGUUUGCCACAUACAAUGUGAUCUUUACACUCGUAAUAAUUAAUAUUUGACACCAACGACACGAGAAAUAUUAAUUUAAUUGCUCUGUUUUGCAUGUUAAGGAGUCCAAUCUCGUUCCCUAUUUGGAGCAUUAAUAAUAUUCGCUGUUUGAUAGCACUUUGCUCCGGUUGUUUGUGGGUAUUCCACCUGCGUGAUGGAAACCAGCCUACGAUCUUGGUGACCUUUGCAAACUAAAUGGCCAAAUGAAGCUCAUUAGACUCUUUGUCGGCAUCCAAUUGGCCAAAUGAUAACCCGAUGUUUUUGCAGUUUGGCAAUCUGAUUGGACUAUAUGCAAAAUAAUAAAUAUCCCCGUUGCGAACCGACUGGACCCGGCAGCAUUAUUUAUAUCGUGUAUGGAUACAUUAAAAUUGUAAUUAAAAAUAAUUUAUUUUAAUGGUGUUACUAAAUUUAAAUGUGACACACUGAUAGCCCAUUAAUUGUCGAGUGUUUUGUGCUCGCUCCAAAGACAAAUUAACUAUUUUUCUUAUCGGCGUAAAUGAUGUGCGCUUAUCGAGACGAAACGUCUAGGAGCAAGGUCAUGUUAUUGAUGGUGUUACAUUUAGAACCUUCACCCAUUAGUUUUUAAUUAGUCACGUUUCCCCAAAAGAUUGAAUAAUAACAGUCGGUUAUCCGUUGAAGGGCCUUUUGGCGCCACAGUUUCCUUCACUGGUGUGUCGCUUUGUCUGUGCGUCUCUUUUCUUAGUCUUUAUUUUCCUUUUCCUUAGUUGUUUUUGCCUGCAUCCUCCUUCCAUUCCGUACAUGUUCACAAACACUUCGUGCAUUUAUUGCAAGAUUAUCUACUGUAAAUAAUGAUACAAUUGCCAACUGCCUGCAACAGGCCGCAGGAACUUUGUAGGGCAUUUGGGUGUAAAUAGUCUGUAAAAUAUGUAAAAACCGACGAUAUUUGUAUUUUAAUUAGAGACUAGUUGUAGGCGAGAGCGAAGCGAAAUAGAGCAAUUGUGCAAAUUGAAUUAUUUAUUGUGUAAAAUGAUGCAGCUGUUUGUUAAGAAUCGCCUUAGAAGAAUAGGUUUGCAUAGUGAUGAUUGAUUAUAUUGAAUAAGGCGUGAA